AUGACUGCACAAUUGAUCGAUGGUAAGGCUUGUGCUCAGGCUAUUCGACACGAGGUGACUAAGGAGAUUGAGCAAUUGAAGUCUCAAAAUGCAUCUUUCAGGCCACGUUUAGCUAUCAUCCAAGUAGGUGUUAGAAAGGACUCCUCCACAUAUGUGCGUAUGAAAUGCAAAGCUGCUAGGGAAGCAGGUAUCGAAGCUGAUUUUAUCUCAUUGGCUGAGAAAAUCACAGAACAAGAAUUACUGGCUCAGAUAGCUUCACUCAAUGAGGACCCAUUGAUUCACGGUGUUCUUGUUCAAUUACCUCUACCAAGUCAUAUCGACGAGGACAAAAUAACCACUGCUGUCACUGCAUCUAAAGAUGUGGAUGGCUUUGGGACCUUUAACAUUGGUGAACUGAAUAAGAAGAACGGUAAACCGUUUUUCUUGCCUUGCACGCCAAAGGGUAUCAUUGAACUUUUGAAAAGGAAUGGUGUCAAGAUUGCAGGCUCUAAAUCUGUCGUUGUUGGUAGAUCAGAUAUCGUGGGAUCUCCAGUGGCAGAACUACUGAAAUCGGAAGACUCUACUGUCGUAAUGACACACUCAAAGACUGAGAACUUACCUGCAUAUAUCGCUGAUGCUGAUAUCGUUGUUGUUGCAAUUGGUAAGCCAGAGUUCGUUAAAGGUGAAUGGUUCAAGGAAAAUAAGAAGGGAGCUGUAGUGAUUGAUGUAGGCACCAACUUUGUUGAAGAUUCAACCAAAAAAUCUGGUUACAGAAAUGUUGGUGAUGUUGAAUUCAAUGAAGCUUUGAAAUAUGUCAAAAUGAUUACUCCAGUCCCAGGUGGUGUUGGUCCAAUGACUGUCGCUAUGCUAAUGCAAAAUACGUUAAUUGCAGCAAAACGUGAAUUGGAAUCCGGUGGUAAAUUAUGCAAAUUUGAAGCCUUGUCAUUGGAUUUACAAAAGCCAGUUCCAUCCGAUUUUGAGAUCUCAAGGGCUCAAAAGCCAAAACAUAUCAGCCAGGUUGCUUUAGAGGCUGGUAUUCUACCAUCUGAAUUGGAACCAUAUGGAUCUGUUAAAGCCAAGGUCAACUUGAAGCUAUUAGAUCGUUUAAAGGAUAAGGAGGACGGUAAAUACGUUUUGGUCACAGGUAUCACACCUACUCCUUUGGGUGAGGGUAAAUCUACAACUACUGUUGGUUUGGCCCAAGCUCUUGGCGCUCAUCUGAAUAAGACGGUUUUUGCCAACGUUCGUCAACCUUCGAUGGGUCCAACUUUUGGUAUUAAAGGUGGUGCCGCCGGUGGUGGUUACUCUCAAGUUAUUCCCAUGGAUGAAUUCAAUUUGCAUGUCACGGGUGAUAUUCAUGCUAUUUCAAUGGCAAAUAACCUGCUUGCAGCUGCUAUUGACACUAGAAUGUUUCACGAAUCUACACAAAAGGAUGCUGCCUUAUACAAAAGAUUGGUACCAGCAAAGAAAGGUGUGAGGAAAUUCACUUUGACUAUGCAAAAAAGAUUAAAAAAAUUAGGUAUUAACAAGUCUAAUCCGGAUGAUUUGACACCAGAGGAAGCCUCUAGAUUCGCUCGUUUGGAUAUCGACCCAGAAACUAUCACUUGGAGAAGAGUCGUUGACUGUAACGAUAGAUUUUUGAGAGGUAUAACUAUAGGUGAAGCACCAACGGAAAAAGGUUUUACAAGAAAGACAGGUUUUGAUAUUUCAGUAGCAUCUGAAUGUAUGGCUAUUUUGGCGCUAUGUAACGAUUUGAAUGAUAUGAGAGAACGUCUAGGUAAUAUUGUUAUUGCUGCAUCAAAAGCUGGUGAACCAAUCACCUGUGAGGAUAUCGGUUGUGCAGGUGCUAUGACCGCUUUAUUGAAAGAUGCUAUCAAACCAAAUAUUAUGCAAACUUUGGAAGGUACUCCAGUUUUCGUCCACGCAGGUCCUUUUGCUAAUAUUUCCAUUGGCGCUAACUCCGUUCUUGCUGAUAAAAUGGCUUUGAAACUUGCAGGUGUUGAUCCAACUUUAACUGAAGAAGUUAAAAAGGAAAGAGUAGGCUAUGUUGUCACGGAAGCUGGUUUCGAUUUUACCAUGGGGGGUGAAAGAUUCAUCAACAUUAAGUGUCGCUCUUCAGGCUUAACACCUGAUGUGGUCGUUAUUGUUGCUACUGUUAGAGCUCUGAAGGUUCAUGGUGGUGGACCUGAAGUUAAGGCUGGUGCUCCUUUACCUGCUGCUUACUUAAAUGAAGAUGUUGAGUUGUUGAGAAAAGGUUGCGCUAACCUGGCUAAACAUAUUGCUAACGCCAAGCAGUAUAACUUACCAGUCAUUGUUGCUAUCAAUAAGAUGUCGUCUGAUUCUGACUUAGAACACCAAGUCAUCAAGGAAGAAUCCUUAAAGGCAGGUGCAGAAGACGCUAUUGUCUCCAAUCAUUGGGAAGAAGGUGGUGCCGGUGCCAUUGAUUUGGCUCAAGGUAUCAUCAAAGUUACUCAGGAGGACACUAACAAAGAUUUCAAGUUUUUGUAUGAUGUCGAAGGUUCCGUGGAAGACAAGAUCACAAAGAUUGCACAGAAUAUGUACGGUGCUAAGGACGUUCACUUCUUGCCAGAAGCACAAAAGAAAAUCGAAUUGUAUACCAAACAAGGCUUUUCUGAUUUACCUAUUUGUGUGGCAAAGACUCAAUAUUCCUUAUCUCACGACGCUAAUUUGAAGGGUGUUCCAACUGGUUUUACCUUCCCGAUCAGAGAUGUCAGGGCAUCUAUUGGUGCUGGUUACUUGUAUGCUUUGGCGGCUGAAAUUCAAACAAUUCCUGGAUUGCCAACUCACUGUGGUUUCAUGAACGUGGAAGUGGACGAGGACGGUGAAAUCGAAGGUAUGUUUUGA